AUGUCUAUUGCUGUUGGACGACAUGAAGAUCCCAGCUCAGGACUCGAGCACGAGUCAUAUGUUUAUGACCUCGAGUUUGCUGGCUUGACCAUGUUGUCUGGUUUGCCCACUUUCACCAUCACUUCAUGGGAUAUCUCUCCCUUGGCCCUCAGCCUACAUUGUAUCCCCUUUAUAGCCCACCUGCUGGUCACAAAACUAUGGCUCAAGAAUCAUAUUUCUCUUGUUGCUUACAUGGUGAUGCCCAUUGAACACUUUCCAGUUUUUGAAACAUCUCCGAGUAAUGAAGUCCCUGUUUUUGUGCUUGCUUCCGCCUUUGAAUCUGCCAUGGGUAUGAGGCAAGACUGGCAUCAAUGGGUCAUGCAUGGAGUGUAUCGUCAUGACGGCAUUGCCUGCAAGCACAAGACACAUACAAUAAUUCACCAUGUGGAGUUCCCUGCAGGUUUUUACUCCUCUGUUCCCGAGCUUUACUUUCCGAAUGCUGAUGAUGACAAUAACAAUGUGACCCUAUCGGACAUUUUCUGGCAAGGUCGUUCUGUAGUUGACUCGUCGAUUGCCAUGUCCUGGAAGGAAUCUACCGUCAAUGCUAUGUUGGCUGGUCCUAGUAGUGUUCUCGGCACAAUGCCCGCAGACACACAGGCAUGA